GAUCUGUUCAAGAGCUCGCCUUUCACGACUUCACCAAACAGAAAAGACUUGUUCGGCGUGGUAUUGAUGUGUUUUGAGACCGGUUUAUUGGCGAUUAAUCGGUUUAUUGUAAUUGAAACCCAUAUUGGUGAAACUAAAGUGUAGAAUAAUGGCCAGCCAGCUGUUGGAAGCCACGGGGAUGGUCGAGAGCUUGCGGGUCGCCGAGCUGCGGUCUCUCCUCUCCACUAUGGGAAAGGACAAGAAAGGCCUGAAGAAGGAUCUAUUGCAGAGAGCCACCGAGCUCCUCCAGAACAACUUCCACCCAGAACUUUUCUCUGCCAUCCAGGAGCUCUAUGACCGUCGUCACUCCACCGGGAAUACCAACAGCAGACGCUCCCAGGUCAUCACCAUGCCGGCUACUGUCGGGGUGGAGGCAGAUUAUCCGAAGAAAUCUUGCAGUCCGGUUCAUAAACCUGAAGUUCACAUGAUCAAGCUUCCGUUCUGUCAAACUCUGGAGACUAUUGUUGCUCCAAAGCCAUUAGUUGCCACAUACACAUCUACACAGCAAAUCGACUUGAUCACAUUUAGUCUGACUACAAAACAAUGGUCUCGCAUCAAGAACUGUCCGUCCAAAGAUGGAGUGAAACCUGUUCAGGUGGUGCUCAGAAUUUGCUACACAGAAAGCAUCGGCGUGGAAAAUGAUCAGUAUCCACCAAAUGUUGGUGUUUUGGUCAAUGGCUAUAACUGUCCUGUACAGGUUCACUACUCUUCUAAUAAAAAAGGUCUGGAGCCUUCUCAACCUUGUCGUCCAAUCGAUCUCACACCAUUCAUGAAAGCGUUCACUGACAACCGAGUCGCUAUCACAUGGGAGAACUUUGGCAAGUUUUACUCUGUGGCUGUAUAUCUGGUGAAGGUGUACUCUUCAGCAGAUUUGCUGGCACAGCUCCAGGAAAAUGGAGUGGAGAGUGUGGAGAGCUGCAAACAAAAAGUGUGUGAGAAGCUGCAAUGUAAUCCUGAGAACGAGAUCGCCACAACAGGGCUGCAAGUGUCCCUAAUCUGUCCUCUGGCGAAAAUGCGCAUGUCGGACCCCUGUCGAGCGCAGACGUGUGCCCACAUGCAGUGUUUUGAUGCGGCCUUUUACCUUCAAAUGAACGAGAGGAAGCCUAGUUGGACUUGUCCUGUCUGCCAUAAGCCUGCCCUAUUCGACACGCUACAGAUCGAUGGUUUGCUGAGUGGCAUACUCCAGCGCGCAGACGAGGCCGUGAAGGAGAUUGAGUACCUGUCUAAUGGCUCUUGGAGAGCAGUGGGAAAGGAAAAAGUGUGCAGCACCACCAAAGAUCUCUCUUCACUCAGCCACAAGAACAAUCCUUUACUACAAGAUAUCGUGGAUCUUACUCAGUUUUAUUCUGACAGUGAUGACGAUCGUGAGGCCAUGGAGACAGAAGAGAUCGUUUGGGCACAUGUAAAAAUUGAACGAGUGCGCUUCUCCAAAAGCAGCAUGCAUAAGUGACACCUGCCUAAUUUUGUUUUCUUGUAGUUCUUUAAAAUAUAUAUAAAUUCCAAUAUUAGAAGGUAUAAUGUAUAUGUUUAUUUCUUACAGUCCUGUUUCUUUCUCUUUUUAAUGUACUCAAUCUUCUGGACAAGGAAAAUAAAGUUUUGGGUUUUUUAUUUUUAA